UCUUUCAAAAAAGAUACAUAGAUUCAAUAAAAAUAGAUGGUAUAUAUUUAUACAAGCUAGCAGCUCUGAUCGAGCUCGCAUCGUAUCUCGAUCUAUAAUCCAAUCAUGUUGAGAAUGGUUCUGCAAAUGGAACUGCUCCUCUUUCUUUGCUUUGUAUUUCUUCUCAGCAUCCCUUCAAAUCUUUCUUUAGCUUCUGAGUUAGAAUUAGGCGCUGACGAAGAUGAGGUUAUUAAAAGAGACGACUUCCCUCCCGUCCCGGACUUUGUGUUUGGUGCUUCCUCCUCUGCUUAUCAGGUCGAAGGUGCGGCGGACCAAGAUGGAAGAACCCCAAGCAUCUUGGACACCUAUACGCAUGCUGGUAAAAUGCAUGGAGCAACCGGAGAUAUAGCCUGCGAUCAGUAUCAUAAGUACAAGGAAGAUGUGCAACUAAUGGUGGAUACUGGAUUAGAGGCGUAUCGAUUUUCCAUCUCAUGGUCAAGACUUAUUCCCAAUGGAAGAGGCCCUGUGAACCCAAAGGGUCUACAAUAUUAUAACAAUCUCAUUGACCAACUUAUCAGCAAAGGAAUCCAGCCUCAUGUUACUCUACACCACAGUGAUCUCCCACAGGCACUGGACGAUGAGUAUGGAGGAUGGAUUAGCCCACAGAUUGUAAAAGACUUCACUGCUUAUGCAAAUGUUUGUUUCGAACAAUUUGGCGAUCGGGUUAAGCAUUGGACUACCAUGAAUGAGCCAAAUGUGUUCGUACUUGGGGGUUAUGAUAUCGGAUUCCUUCCACCACAGCGAUGUUCAGCUCCAUUUGGUGUUAAUUGCUCGAGGGGUAACUCCUCAACUGAGCCAUACUUGGCGAUUCAUUAUUUCUUAUUAUCCCAUGCAUCGGCUGCUGCAUUGUACAAGCAAGCCUACCAGCAGAAGCAGCGUGGGUUUAUAGGCAUCAAUUUAUUGGCCUAUUGGUUUGUUCCUCUAACUCAAACUCACGAGGAUCAAGUUGCUACUCAAAGAGCCCUCGAUUUCUAUUUUGGUUGGGUCAUGCAUCCUCUGCUGUAUGGAGAAUACCCUGAAAUAAUGAGAGAGAAUGCGGGCUCUAGACUUCCAAGCUUUACCAGUGUUGAGUCUUCAAUGGUCAAGGGCUCCAUCGACUUCAUCGGGCUUAAUUACUAUACCACGUUGUCUGCCGAGGACAACUCUGCUGCCUUACAUAAUCAAACAAGAGACUAUGUGGCUGAUUCAGCAAUCCAGAUUUCUCCUUUGGAUAACAUUAAUUCAUCAACGUUGGAGAUAACGGCAGCACCUUGGGGUAUGGAAGAACUGUUGGAAUAUAUCAAACAAAACUAUGGCAAUCCUCCCUUAUAUAUCCAUGAAAAUGGUCAACAAACUCGACGCAACUCAUCGUUGGAGGACUUCACCAGAAUCGAAUAUUUGCGUGGCCACAUUCACAGUUUGCUUAAUGCGAUAAGGAACGGAUCAAAUGCCAGAGGCUAUUUUACGUGGUCUCUCUUGGAUUCAAUUGAGCUUUUGGGUGGAUAUGAAAUAAGCUACGGCCUUUACUACAUCGAUUUGGACGAUCCUGAUUUAAAAAGACAGCCUAAACUCUCAGCUCAUUGGUACUCGAAGAUUCUAAAGAAUAAAAGCGUCACUCCACGUUCAGAAUCAAAUGUUGAUCAACAUUACUUCUUUCAGUAGAUAAUUUUGUUGUUUGUAUAAUCUUUGGGGUUAGAUUUAUAUUUAUCACUUCAAUUAAAUAAAAUAUAUAAAGUAAUAAAGUAUGAUUAACCUAUAUUAGCAGAACUAAACGAAUUCCAGCUAUCUAUCA